AUGACGGGGAGUAUGAUCGCAUUAAGCCACUUGCUUUUCCUCCUCGUGUGCUUCAUCAUAUUCACAGCUCAAUCAGUGCAAGCCAUCAACGAGACAGACGUGCAAAAUGCUGUCGACCGACUAGAUGAUUUCAUCCAAGCACUCCUGAACCAAACAGGCGUACCAAGCAUAGCCGCAGCCGUGGUCUACAAUGACUCUGUUGUCUAUUCCAAUGCCUUUGGUGUCCGCACUCUAGGUGGCAAUGAGUCGGCCACCCCCGAGACGGUCUAUCAAAUAGCCUCGCUCUCCAAACCCAUAUCAUCAACGCUCGUUGCCGCCCUUGUGAGUGACGGACACCUGGACUGGACAUCACAUGCCAACGAACUCGAUCAACUGAUUGAAUUGUCCGACCCAUGGAUCACUCGAGAAGUAACAAUUGAGGACUUCUUCAGUCACCGCAGUGGCCUGUUCGGCGGUGCGGGUGACGAUCUGGAACCCUUUGGUGACAACCGCACAGAGAUCCUGUCUAGGCUGAAAUAUCUCGCUCCCACCGGUGCAUUCCGAGUAGCGUAUCAGUACAGCAACUAUGGCAUCACCGCGGGAGCCGUGGCCGCAGCGUCGGCUGCUGGAGGGUCUUGGGACGACCUGGCCAAGUCGAGACUGUACGACCGCUGCAACAUGAGCUCAACCAGCUACUCCAACGCCGACUUCAUGAGAGAAGCCAACCGAGCAUCACUCCACGUCCGAGCAGGUAACGCGACGAACGCCUCCGCGCCAUUCAUUGAGGCACCGCUGCGAAACCCCGACGCACAGGCGCCGGCAGGCGGCGUGUCCUCCAACGUCGUCGACCUCGCCCAAUGGCUCCGCCUGCAACUCGGCAACGGAACGCUCGACGGCGAGGAAAUCAUCCAAGCCGACCCUCUCCUGUACACGCACCGACCGCACAUCGUGCGCGGCAUCGACCCGGCCUCGGGCACACUGGGCUACUACGGCCUGGGGUGGAACGUGGACUACGACCCACACUCGGGACGCAUCUUCCUCGGGCACGCCGGGGCGUUCAGCAAGGGGACGCGGAGCUACGCACGGCUGUCGAUGGCGGACGGGCUGGGCAUCGUCGUGCUGUCCAACUGCUUCCCAACGGGCGUGCCCGACGGGAUCGCAUACACGUUCUUCGACUGGGUGUUCAACGGCAACGCGACGACGACGCAAGACUGGAUCGCGACGUGGAACGCGCUGCUCGACAUGCUGGCCGCCCAGGGCUCCGCGAUCGACCCGGGCUUCGACGUGUCGCCCGCCAACGGCACGCCGCCCCCGUCCGGCCCCGCCGUCUACGCCGGCGUCUACACCAACGACUACGUCGGCAGCGUCAACAUCUCCGUGAGCGACCCCGGCUCGCCUUCUCCAAACCGCAAUCUCACCCUGGCCUUCGCCUCGUCCUCGUGGCCCCUGACCUACUGGGACAACAACGUCUUCGUGUUCCACGACCAGACCGACCGUCCCCAGGCUCCGUCGGCCGUGUCGUUCGUGCUCGGUCCCGGUGGCUCCGCGACACAGGUUAUCAUCGAUACUUUGAAUGCUGACGGUGGUGGCGUUUUGGACAGAGUGGUGGUGGAAUAG